AUGUUGGCAAACCCUAGCUUGCAUGGCGGACCUUUGCAAUUCACAUCUUCGAAUCGACACAUAUCCUUUCAUUCCUCCGUUACUUGUCCUCUGUAUCUUCGCUCCAAGAAACCUGGAUUUCCUCCUCCUUUAUCUCUACUUCUAUCUCGAAGAAGAAGAAGAAGAAGAUUAGAAUGUAUUCCAUUCAGAAUUCGGGCUUCAGCUGAGUUCAAGGCUUCGCAAUUGGUUGGGGAGUCAGCUCCUUAUGUUCCGCAGCCGAUAUCGGUCAAAAUUCCUGUCGGUGAUCGGCAUAUAUUGGUUGAAACGGGUCAUAUUGGGAGACAAGCCAGUGGUGCUGUCACAGUAACUGAUGGAGAAACU